AUGGCGAAUAUGUUGACUUCGACAUGGCGUUCUUUUUGGCAUACCAUGACCUCCUAUGACCGUCAUGCCUCUCACGACUCCCCCUACCGUACCGGGCGACACGUCCCUCUCAGUCAAAGUCGCCACGAGCCGCUCACAUCUGUCGCAACCAGCGCAAUCGAGUCUCGUCCAGACCUCUCCAACCCAUACGAUGACGAGCCCACAAAAGGAUCUGCAAGUGCACAAGCAUCCGAGUGGAAUGGCUCGCCCGAUGGCUUGGGCUCUCCUACCCAGCCCUACUCGCCAGGAUGA